AUGGAGGUUGACGAGAGAGUUUACAUGGCGAGUUGGCGAUGGCCACUUCUCCUAUCGGUUAUGGUGUUAAACAUCUGCUUGCCAAGUUUGGUCUUAUCUUACGGCAUAUUAUGGAUUCAUUUAUCGACUUUCGAAGUCCCCCUGUGGCUCGGACUCGCAGCACCAUCAAUCUUUAUUCUCAUCUAUGGUUUAACGCAAUGCUGGUUCAGAGAGGCAGCUGACACAUGGGGUGGGAAAAUAGGCUACAGACUUAUGGCUUCGAUUGGACUUAUGAUUAUAGUUUUUAGUCUGUUUAUUUGUGCAUUUAUACCUAGUCAUAUACAACCCUUUGUGUAUGGUAUAUUCGGUGGAUUAGGAUCUUCGCUAAUAUCAGCUCAAGUCGAUGUAGUUCUAUUUGAAACGUAUGACUCACGUCUUGGACUCGUACGAGGCUUGUGCUUUGCGGGUCAGGCAGUGGGACAAUCUAUUUUCCCUCAUAUUUUACAUGUAAUUAUUGAAUAUUAUGAAUAUUCGAAUUGUUACAUAAUAUUGGCGGGCAUAAUGCUACAAACAUUGCCUGCGAUAAUGCUACUAAAAGUACACGAAGAUAGGAAAUCUAGUUAUUUCUCAAGAUAUAAAGAAUUAUCACAAACUUUUACAGUUUAUAGCAAUGACUCUAUGGAUAAUUACUAUGGCACGGAAUUAAAACUCCAUAACUUAAGUAAAAAAUGCUGGAAGAGCCCAGCAGAUGAUAAUUUACAUAGAUUUGAGGAAUUUGAUGAUGACGACGAUUGUAUAAAUUAUACCACCACACCUCCACCUAGUCCUGAAGAAAAAAGAAGGAAUAUAUUUGGAGUUGAAAUUUUACCAGAAAUUCCAGAGGAAAGUGAAGAAAGCGAUGCAGAUGUAGAAAUUCAAACAGGCAGUAAUAAUAAACGCCUCAGUCUCGUUAUAAAAAGAUUGAGUAUAAUAGGUGACAAUUUUGAUGGAUGUAUUAUAAAUCAAUUUAGAAAGGAUUCGCACCGUAAUAGCGACAGCAAUGAUAAAGAUCCUCAAAUAGAAGUUGUUUAUGAGACAAUAGCGCCUAUAACGGAUAUACACACGGAAAAACUUUUAAAUACUUUCAGUUUUCGAUGUCAGGCUGCAUAUACUAAUAUGAAGAGAAAGUUAUGGAUACCUUCAUAUAGAAUAUAUAGAAUGAAGCGGAGAUUUUCGUACCUGAUGUACAAUAUUAAUGACACAUUUUUUAAACCCUUAACGCGGUCCCUCACGUGUGGAAAAUUUUACCCAGUUUUAUUAUUAAUUUUUAUUAAAUUAACUUUAACAGGGGUGGGUAUAGUCUUGAUGCCUAUGAUAGGGUUGCAAGUAUGGCCAAAAAUAGCAAUGAUUGAAAAUAAUUUCUUAAUGUCGCUAUAUGGUUUUACAUGGAUAUGUUUUUUGGUGUUCACGCCAUGGCUGGCACAAACUCCAAAAAGGAAUUUUAAAUACAUUGUCCUCUGUGGUCUUAUCGUAACCACUUGUGCAUGUUUCGUGUUAGCAGAAGCCAGCAGUUACGACUCAUUCUCUAUAGGCUGCGUGAUAGCUGGAUUCGGGUAUGGAGUUAUCACAUCAUGCUGGGAAACAACGGCACAAGAUUUCGUCGGUGCACGAAAUUGGCCUAAAAUCCAUAGCACUUUGGAAACAGUAUCAGCUGUCCUUCAAGCUUUGUUUGUUGUCGGUCUCAUUUUCGUAUUGCAGAAGGAAGACCGCUCUGGUCUCCAGUUCUCUAUGUUCAUAUUAGGUAUAAUCAUUGCCAUGUGCACAUUUGUUUGGUUUGUUAUAACAAGUGUAUAUUUUUACAAGAGUAAAGUGAAAUCAUUUAGUUUUAGAAGAAAAUGGUGGUUUUGAUGACGUUGUGUACCUAUAUAAUUUUUACUUAAACUGUAAAAUGAAUCUAUCUAAUAAAUGUUUGCGUUAGUAGUCGAGUAAUGUAGUAGCGUUCAUUUGAGUUUUAACUAGAACAUUUGUAUUUAUUGACGAACUUUGUGAUAUUAUUAUACUUAAGUUAUAUUUUGAUCGUGGAUAAAUAUUAAUUACUGUAUAUGACAUAAGUUUAAGUCUAUAAAUAUAGAAAACAUUUCACAUAAAAAAAAAUCAUUAAUAACUUUAACUUACAGACGGGCUAUAAAUACGGGUGCCUCUCUCAUAUAAAACUGUAAUGAAUAUUACAAUGCGAAAUAAUAUACAAUGCCUACUUAAAUUUUGUUGACAUGAAA